GAACAAGAGAGGAUCCUUUCAGUGCAAUAGUGACACCACCAGAAGCAGAGUGUGUGUGUGUGUGUGUAAGAAAGAGAGAGAGAAAGAGAUUGCAGACUUUCCAGCUGGAAGUAUUUAGAUUCUGCUUACCCAGUGGAGUAUUUUAUAAAGGGCUUAAAGAGGAAGAUGCUGCAGAGUGUGUGGAUAAGUCUGUUAGCAUUUACAGAGCUUGCUGUCAGCGGAAAAUCAGAAAGCAACAGUUUUCGAGAGCAAAGACAUUCUGGAAUUCAAUCUGGACUUUGUCGCUAUGGAUCCCGGCUUGAGUGCUGCUAUGGAUGGAAAAAAAAUUACAAGGGUCAAUGCGAAGCUGUCUGUGAACAUGGAUGUAAACAUGGAGAAUGUAUUGGGGCAAAUAAAUGUAAAUGUUACUCAGGAUUUACCGGCAAAACAUGUAACCAAGAUUUUAACGAAUGUGGACUGAAGCCAAGGCCCUGUGAACACAGAUGUAUGAACACACAUGGCAGCUACAAGUGCUACUGUCUGAAUGGCUACAUGCUGACACCAGAUGGUACAUGUGCUAAUUCCAGGACAUGUGCUAUGGCAAACUGUCAGUAUGGCUGUGAAGAUGUGAAGGGAGAGAUCCAUUGUCUUUGUCCAUCCUCUGGAUUGCAACUGGGACCAAAUGGAAAAACUUGCAUAGAUAUUGAUGAAUGUGCAACUGCCAAAGCACUAUGUCCUCCUCUGCGGAGAUGUGUGAACACAUUUGGCAGUUACUUCUGCAAGUGCCAUACUGGCUAUGAACUGAGAUACACCGAAGGCAAAUACAGAUGUAUGGAUAUCGAUGAAUGUGCUGCCAAAAGUACACACUCGUGUAGUGCCGAUGCAGACUGUCACAACACACAAGGAUCCUUUAACUGUAAAUGUAAGCAGGGAUUCAGAGGCAAUGGUUUUCACUGCUCUGUUAAACCUUUCCUGCAAGAAACCUUGGAUGGAGAACAAGGCAGCACUGAUGAUGAAAUCCUCAAUGCUGUUCCUGAAAUCCCUUACGAAGAAGGACCUGUGAUUCUGGGAGGCAGCAGGGAAGCCAUAAAGAAAAUACUGGCAAAUAGAAAUGAUGGAAGAAAGGGUGAAGUGAUAAAGAAUGUCAUCCCUCAGCCUGUCGCCACCCCUCUUCCCCAGGGUCGUCUCCAGCCAUUUGACUAUGAGGAUGGUAUUUACAUCGGGAGCCAUGAUGAGAAAGAACUUGACGUGGGUUAUGAGGGCACUGAAGAUGAGGUUGAGAACUACAUUGACUCAGAGGAGCUGAAUCCCAGGGGAGAUGUAUUUGUUCCCAGGCAGAACAAAGCCAUAGUAUUUAGUGCGGUUCUGGGCCAGAAAGAAAUCGCUGCACAAGAACCACUUAAUGAAGAUUUUUCCAUUGACUGCAGUUUUAAUCAAGGAAUUUGUGAAUGGAUACAGGAUACAGGGGAUGACUUUGACUGGAAAGUUGCUGAUCGGCCUAAUGGUAUUGGACAUUACAUGGCAGUCCCAGCAUUUGUCGGUCUUAAGAACGAGGUCGGUCACUUGAAGCUUCUCAUCGGUGAUGUGACUCCGAAGGAUUUCUGUUUGACAUUUAAGUAUCGGCUUGUAGGAGAGAGGGUCGGAAAACUACGUAUACUUUCCAAUAUUGGGGAUCCUGCAAUCUGGGAGAUGAAUAAAGAUAAAGAGGAAGGCUGGAAGGUUGGAAGUGUCACAGUUGCAGCUAAAAACAGUUCUGAAACCCAGAGAAAUAUUGUCUUUGAAGCAGAGCGAGGAAAGGGCAGACUUGGAGAGAUUGGAUUGGACAAUGUUAUUCUGACCUCUGGACCCUGCCAAGAAGAGGCCUCAGAGAAUGAUAACUGAGAGACAUAUAUGAAAUUUAAAACUCCUGAAUUCUUUGGCCUGCAAACAUGUGUGAGCACUAAAACUUACUUCAGAAAAGACUGCUCAUUGGCAUGGAAAAUAUGACAUCUUUACACAGUGAAGUAUUCUUAUUCUGGUGCCUACAGUUGCUGCCAUUGCAAGAUUCUUACACUCACGGUUUUGAUAUUAACUAUUCCAAGCAUCUUGUGGCAUGUUUCUUAUCUGUACAAUUGUAAUGCUGCUGUAUCAGCAUAGCCAAGGUGCUGUGUGUGUCAGCUGUACACUCUCUUAAUGAUCUUUAAACUAACUACUCACUUGCCUCUUCUUUUACUUGGCCCAUUGCACAUCCAGUUUGCCAACUGGAUUUUUACUGUCAUGGGUCAUUGACAACAGUAUUUUGCCCAAUGCUAUAUUAUAUGCUAACCAAGUAAUGUGAUUAAGCACAAGGCUUUUGUAAAUGUAAAUGUAUUAAAAAAAUAAUCUAUGAUAUUUGAAAAGUAACAAUGGCCCAGAUUUUCCGGUCCCACCAGCAGCGGAAAGCAUCUCGUGCGGAACUGGAAAAUUUGGAGAGCAGCAAAAAGUCCAUUGACUUUGGGCGGGAAUUUCCAGUCCCACUGCCCAAUGUAAUUUUAAACCUGACGCAGCCUUUACCUUCAGGGCUUGAAGUCAUUUACUUUAGUUUUUAAUGGAGCAGUGGUUCCUAGAUCCUUCCCUAUAAUGACUGGGAAAAGUUCAAUUCCUGGAUUCUA